UUGUUAAAAACUUGGCCGGCUUAAAUACAAUUUCAAGUCGUCGCCAAAAUAUUUGUCUUUCGCCAACGCCGUUCAUAAUUUUUGUUGACGCAGGUCUCUGCAUUAUUACUAAUAUUUGCAAAAUUUAGUUAUUAAAAGAAACAAAAACAAACCGACAACGAAUUGAAGAAAAUAAUACGAUACAAAGAAAUACAUUUUUGCAACAUAUUUACAUAUACAUUUUAAAUAGAAAAAAUAUAACUGCCUGCAAAAAUUUAUGUGAGAAAAGACAGAAGGAGACAAAAAAUGAGUUACACAUCUAAUGGGGCCAUACCAAAAGAAAUGAAGAACAACGGUGCUGGUUGCAGUGGUAGUAGUAGUGGCACUUCCACCAACGGUAUGUCCAAUAUGAAUCGCCAUACUCCCGGCGAACGCAUUACUCUACUCGUAGACAAUGUUCGUUUCAUGAUCGAAAAAGACUUAAUGACUGCCCAUCCCAACACAAUGUUGGGUACUAUGUUCAGCACUGGCUUCCAAUUUGUGCAUCCCAACGAAAGGGGCGAAUAUGAGGUGGCCGAAGGCAUAUCACAUACAUUGUUUCGUGCAAUAUUGGACUAUUACAAGACGGGUCUGAUUAAGUGCCCACACACUGUUUCUGUGCCGGAACUGAAAGAGGCCUGUGAUUAUUUAUUGAUACCAUUCGAUGCUUCUACGGUAAGGUGUCAAAAUUUAAGAGGACUAUUGCACGAAUUAAGCAAUGAGGGCGCCAGACAACAAUUUGAAAUAUUUCUUGAGGAAUUCAUUUUGCCCGUAAUGGUGACAGCCGCUCAAAGAGGUGACCGGGAAUGUCAUGUUGUUGUUCUACUCGAUGAUGAUGUCGUAGACUGGGAUGAAGAAUUUCCACCCCAAAUGGGCGAGGAAUAUUGCCAGACCAUACACAGCACUACUAUGCAUCGUUUCUUCAAAUACAUCGAAAACCGGGAUGUCGCCAAGCAAGUUAUGAAGGAUCGUGGCCUCAAGAAGAUACGUUGUGGCAUUGAAGGUUAUCCCACACAUAAGGAAAAGAUAAGACGGCGUCCUGGUGGUCGUGCCGAAGUAAUUUACAGUUAUGUUCAGAGACCUUUCAUACACAUGUCCUGGGAGAAGGAAGAAGCCAAAAGUCGUCAUGUCGACUUUCAGUGCGUCAAAUCAAAGUCUGUAACAAAUUUGGCUGAAGCAACUGCCGAUCCUCCACUUGAACUGGAUGCAAGUGGCAAUCCCAUACCGCCACCCGAAAAUAGAGCAGAUAAUAAUGUACCCUUUCGGGCCGAUGCAGAUGCCAAUGCAGCAGAUCUGAUCGAUGUCAAUAACGCAGCAAAUGGUGGCGGCGGUGGUGGUGGGGCUGCUGCUGCCGCUGCCGUAGCUGUUGAUGAAGCUGCCGAUGGUGUUAUUAUGUUAAAUGAGUUAGAGCAAGCUGCUGGCGGUGCUAAUGAUGAAAAUGCUUAAAAUAUCUACACAAAAUGGUCAUGAUGCAUUUAUAUACAUACAAUUUGUAUUUGUACUAGUAUACGAAUAAAUUACGUAGAUAUCCGUAUAUAAA